GACUCCGGCCCGCAGGACCUUCCCCACCGAACAAAAACUACUCUAUACAGCAGCUCUCGAUUGCGUGUGAACUUGACUCGCUUCAAAUUGAGCAGUGAACAAAUCUUGAGCUUAUUCGGCUCGUUGAACUUAUCACGACGACGGCAGCAGCGGUCAACGGAACUGGGCUCCCAAUGCGGAGAAGGCGGACUCGAUCGGCCUAAGUGCCGCAGUGUGUACGGGUACUCCUGUCGAGCAUCGGAUGUUGAUUCCGAUCCCCGUCGUCGCUUGUCGUCGUGGUGGUGGUGGUCGUCGUCAUUGUUGCCCCCUCAGCAGUCAGAAGUAGCUUUCGACGUUAUACAGUGCGCCAACCCAAGUCACGAUCAUGCCCGAGGAGAGCACCGUCGAUGAUUUCGGGAGUUCCCUCGAAGCCCUUCUAGCGAAUUUUCAAGUGGACCGCAGCCGUUCGCUGAGCGCCCGAUGUCGGAAGUUCGCCAUAGACGGCCAGGUUGUCGGUCUGAUACGGAAUUCGGAUUGGGAAUUGAUGAGAAAACACACGGAGGGCGUGUUUCUCGAGAAUAACGACGCCAUCACACUGAACCCGGAGUGGAAAACCUGUGAAGAACGAACACUGCAGAUGGCAGCCGUGCUGCAAAAGCUACGUGAGAAAAAUCUCUUCCCAACGCUCAAAGGAUGGCGCAACGAGACGUACGACAUAGCCGCCAAAUUCGGUGAUUUACCCUUGAUGCGUAUGGAGCGAUCGGCUACGUGCCUCUUUGGAACCAAACGCUAUGGCGUGCACAUCAACGGGUACGUCGAGAAUGAAGAUGGGCGUGUGGAGAGUGUGUGGUUCCAGAAGAGGAGUCCCUCCAAGGAAACGUGGCCAAACAAAAUUGACAUCAUGGUCAGUGGAGGUCUCAGCUCGGGCAACACUGUCAUGGACUGUCUCGUCAGAGAAGCUGAGGAAGAGGCUUCGAUGUCCGAGGAGCUCGUCCGGAGACUCGCACGUCCGGUCGGCUUCGUGUCGUUCAUCUACGAAGACGAGAGGGGCAUAUUCCCCGAGACAAUCUUCUGCUUCGAUGCGCGGCUCCCCCGCGAUUUCGUCCCCAGGGCAUCCGAUUGCGAAGUCCAGUCGUUUCAUCUCGUUCCGAUCAACGACGUUGCCAAGCUUGUCGUCAACAGCGACUCGUUCAAGUUGACUUCGGCGCCGAUCGCUCUCGAUUUUCUGGUGCGUCACUCAGAACUACACGCCGACACGCUACCCCAGUACGGAGCGUUGCUCGAUGCCAUUCACAUGGGCUUGCACAAUUCCUAUCCCGAAAAUAUCAUCUCUGCGAGCAGCCAAGGUCAUUGCAUAUGACGAAGCCGCUGGGUCCUGGAAGAGGACCAAAUAUAGUGAGAACCGGAUGCAAGACGGCCUAUAUGUGAUUCAUCCAACGCCGGAUCAACAUCAUCACAGACAGCACCACAAGUAUACGAUUAUUUAUUGAGCAAGGAGAUCAUAUUGUAUUGUACCGACGGCAAAAUAUAUCGCAGAACAAUGAGUAGGUGAUCGAUAACAACAGGGAGCUUUUAUAGCGGUAUGUUCGAGAGAAAAUCGUCAUGAUAAGAUCAAAGUUGACAAUAAACGAUAAUGGCAAACGGAAA